CCUCACGUCAUAAAAUCUUUUCCUGUUGCUUGUCAAGUUUGCUACAGACAGAUGGAUGUAUUGUUUACCUUGAGUUCUAGCGUAGUGUCGAGUUUAUUCAUAGUAUGAUGGCGAUCUUACAGUGUGCUGUGUGCUAUUCUGUGUGUGUCAAUGUAGAUGUAAGUGUUAGUCAAGAUGUUUUGACGGUACAAGAAAUAAUUCUGCGAAAUUUCUACUUCAUCUGAGAUUGGGUGUGGGAGAAAAAACGUGUAGAAAUCUCUAACCAGACAGACAGACAGAUUGAGUUGAUAGAAGCUUUGUAAAAAAAUGUUCCUAGAAUGAAUGAACAUAAAAGAAGAUAAUUAGACUGCUUUUUUUUUAAAUCCCAAAGCUACAAGUUCAACGACAAUCUACAAAUAAAAAGGAAAAACUUAAUGAAAAGCCAUUCACAGAGACAGAUAACUAUAAUGUACUUUUCAUUCAAGGGAGAUAGAUUACAUUAGAAAAGUCUCGCUGUAUGGAGAGUCAUAGUUAUUACCGAUGAACAUGGCAGCGAGAUCUCCAUCCGCUCAUUUCAAACUGUGGUGCUGAGCCACUCAGUGUGCAGAAUUCCUCUGGUCGUGAUUAAUUUUACAGCAGCACGAACAAUUUGUGUUCACGUGAGCAGUGAUUAGCGUUGAAUUAGUUCUAGGAACACAACCAAAUCUACAACAAAAUCGAUUCAAACAACGGAGUUCGAUGACUGACAUUCGAUAUAGCGCCUCUGUCGGAAAGUUGUCAAAAGAAAUAUUUGUUUUUGACUAAACUAUUGAGGUUGUCGUGAUAAUGAUAAAUUCUAAAAUGUAGUCCCCAUCUUGUGAGCACCUGAUCAAGUUAGCUCCCCAAGUAACACAAGGAUGGCAUAUAAAUUACGUGACCAUGUCCUCCCAUAAUAUCAACUAGACAUUAUCUCACAUAAUGAAGGCAGGAUUCAACUAUUCGAGUUAAAAACAAGAAAACAAAAAUCAUGAACAAUACAACGGCGUAUGGUCAAUACUCUACAGCCAACAAUUCUUUGACUAGCCUGUAUUUCAUCCUGACCUGUUUGUUUCUUACAGCGCUGGUGGUCACCCUCGUAACGAACAUCAUCACGGUCAUCGUGAUGGUCACGACGGCAGAGUUACGCACCCGGACCAACGCCUUCAUCGUUUCCCUUUCAAUCAGCGACAUCCUUUACGCCGGCUUCAUGAUUAGCCUGACUGUAGUCACCAUCAUCCGAUACUUUGUUCAGCUUAGCGUGGACAACGUUGCGUUUCAGAUGGCCACAACCUUUGCCUGGGGGAUUCAGAUUCAUGGGAGCAACGGAAACCUGCUCCUGGUCUCCGUGGAGCGCUGGCUCUACAUCACGCAGCCUUUUCUUUACCAGAGAUAUGUGACCACUAGAACGGUAGUCCUCAGCAUCGCAGCUACUUGGACAGUCUCCCUGGCCGUGAACAUCCCUUACCUUUCCUUCGGCAGGAACGACCUUUUCUCCACAAAAUCCUACUUUAUCAUCUCCCUGGCCUACGUCAACCCGGCCAUCCACACAGCAUGCUGCAUUGUGCUGGUGGCAAUAUACACUCACAUCUGCGUCAUCACAUUGCACCAUCUGAAGAAGCUCUCCAAAGUGAAACAUCUCUCCGUCCAAGCUCCCAAAAAAGGAACUCGGGGGUCAGUCCCUAAGAUUUCAUCCGUCCACGCGGAAAACUGGAAGUCCAUCAAAUUGCUCAUUAGCAUAUGCGGUAUCUUCUUCAUCUUCGUCAGCCCUUACGCAUACUUUGUGGCCUACACGUCGGUCAAUACAAGUCUUGGGUCAUCGGUCAGCACCUGGCUCAUGGUCUGUCUACUUCUACUGACCUUCUUUCACCUUUCGAACUUUUUUGUGUAUUCCCUUGGCAUUCGUCUCUUUAAGAAGGUCAUCAAGAAACAUUUAUACAGACUAAGGUGCUGGAGGGGUUCUCGUGUUGGACACGUAGGUAGCACUUCGACGGGGUCCGCCUUAGACAUGGAAACUAGAAUACAAAAUAUUUCAUAUAUUUCAAGUUAAAAAAAAAACAGGUAAAUACAAUUAACACAAAAAAAAACUGUUGAACAAUAUCUUGAUUUUAAGACAUACGAAAUGUGUAUUCCUAUUAAUAAAAACCUCAACUUUUGUGGUCAAAGAUAAACACAAUCCUUCCCUCUGAACUCAAAGCCGGUCUGUGAAGUCCGAUCUUCACUUUGAAAAGCCGAUCAUACAAAUGGCGCGAUUGAUUUUGUUCUGUUUCAAUAGUGCCUGGUCUGGCUUUUCUUUCUUUACAGACGACUAUCAUCUUAGAUUCGAACCGUGAAACACCAGAACUCAUUGUACCAAGCCACUAGGAGAUAUCAUAAGUUAUUAUGUCCCUGUACCAAGCCACUAGGAGAUAUCAUAAGUUAUAAUGUCCCUGUACCAAGCCACCCACGAGGAGAUAUCAAAAGUUAUUAUGUCUCUGUACCAAGCCACGAGGAGAUAUCAUAAGUUAUUAUGUCCCUGUACCAAGCCACGAGGAGAUAUCAUAAGUUAUUAUGUCCCAAUCGAAUGUGUUCGUAAUAUAUCCUUUGAGAGGAGUGUAUAUUAAAAGGAUUUAAGUAAAAUAUUAGCUUAUAUCAACUCAGUCUGUCUGUCUGUCUGUCUGUCUGCUUGGUAAAAGGUUUGUAUACGUUAUUUUUCCGAAACCCAAUCUUGGAUCAUCUGACAACACAAGAAUCAAUUUUAAAAAUUAAACAAUUAUUUAAUCAAAAUCGGUAAUAAAUUAUUUUUAUUGGUAUCUCGAACAAUAGCGCUAAACAAAAGAAUUGUUAAAAAUAAUUCUAAUCGCACAGCUUUAUUGUUGUUGGUCUAGAUUUAUUAUAGAUUUAAUUACCAUGAUUGAUCGAAACUAAUUGAUACAAUUACACUUCAUAUAAGUGUUUUUUUUGUUUUUUUUUAAGUAUUUUUUAAGUUUUGUCUUGCUUAGUAACAGAGAUGUGUGGCAGAGUACGCUUGGCUUGACUAUCAAUCAUUGGGGCUCGAGGUUUACUGAGCGCCUAAAGGCAGCACGGAAAACCUCUCCAAGAUAGCACCUUUCCCCAGCUGGUUCACAAAAGUGAUUGGACCAUAGCGCCCUUCACUUCCAAUAAUCAUGCA